CAGGAAGUUGAGACUUUAACACACACCACUGCUCUGUCAGUCAGUCAGUCAUUAGAGAGACAGGAUGGAGUUCAGUCCACUCGCUGUGAUGCUCUAGUGGAUAAAUGGGGAAAUGGCUUUGCUGCCAGGAAUCACACAGAGGAUUUGAAACUUCUAAGUGUCAAACUUUGCGAUCUGACAGCGAGAAAACACAGGAAGUACUGAGACAUUAACACACACCACUGCUCUGUCAGUCAGUCAGUCGUUAGAGAGACAGGAUGGAGUUCAGUCCACUCGCUGUGAUGCUCUUGCUGAUUUCACUUAUACCAGUGGCCCAUGCUCAAGGGAGGCCUAAAGCUGUGGUGUCCAUAACGCCUGAUACACAUGUGUUCACUGGAGAGACAGUUACUGUCAGAUGUGACGUACAGGGAGGAGGAGACACUCAGUGGACAUACAGCUGGAAUAAGAAUAACAGACUCACAGACCGCACAGUGCAGGAGUUCAGAAUCCGGUCUGUUCUACACUUUCACCAUGGUAACUUCACCUGCAGAGGACAGAGCAGUGACUCUCAGAGCUCAGAGAUCAGUGAUGCUGUUACACUGACUGUAUCAGAAAAACCCACACCGACUGUGAGAGUGAAUCCUCAGAGCUCCGUCUACACUGGAGACACCAUCACUCUGACCUGUGAGCUGCAGUCGACUGGAUGGAAGAUUCAAUGGUAUAAAAAUAAUCCGUCGUUACAUCCUUUGAGCACUGAAGAAACAGACCCACUCAAAGUGACAGCCGAUAAUGAUGGAGAAACAGUGUACCAGUGUCGAGCAUGCAGGAUAAACUACAAGCCAGGGCACUCCUACUACUGCACACAGUUCAGUGUUCCUGUCAAUAUUACAGUGAGAGAGAGACCAGGGGCAGUACUGAGUGUAUCUCCACAGAGCUGGCUGACUGAAGGAGACUCAGUGACUCUAAGCUGUGAGAUUACAAACUCCUCUACAGACUGGACAUUCAGCUGGUACACAGCUGUUCCCUACAGAGACGACUUAACUCAAAUAAAACAUAAUCAUGGCUAUAUCAUGUAUGUGGAACUCCUCUCAGACAGCAGCAGAGGAUCUGGAGGCAACUACACUCUCAGUCCUGCUGCUCUUAAUCACACAGGAGUUUAUAUGUGCAGAGGAGAGAGAGGAGAACCAGCCUUACACACACAGUACAGCAAUCCACAGCCACUAUGGAUCACUGGUGAAUCUCCUCCAGUCUCUCUGAUCAUCAAUCCCAGCAGAACUCAACACUUUACUAAUGACUCUCUCUCACUGAGCUGUGAGGACCAGAGUAACUCUACUGGAUGGAGAGUGAGACGAUACACACACAGUGAGGGAGUGUUAGAUUGUUCAAGGGGAUCAGUUACAGGAUCUACAUGUAAUAUCAGCUUCCUCUCCACAUCCUACACUGGAGUUUACUGGUGUGAGUCUGAAUCUGGAGAAAACAGUAAUCCUGUCAACAUCACAGUGCAUGAUGGUGAUGUGAUCCUGGAGAGUCCUGUCCAUCCUGUGACUGAGGAACAUCCUCCGACUCUACGCUGUUUAUAUCGAUACCCAAAUUCCUCAAACCUCCGAGCUGAUUUCUAUAAAAAUGGAUCAGUUCUCCAGACACAGACUACAGGAGAGAUGAUAAUCCGAACUGUCUCAAAGUCAGAUGAAGGUUUCUACCACUGUAAACACCCAGAGAGAGGAGAGUCACCGAAAAGCUGGGUCUCAGUCAGACGUGUGAAACCUUCUUCAGUCUCAGAUUCUAGAGCCAGUGCUGGAACAGUAGGAGUGGCUGUGGGUUUGGGAUUUUUGUUCAUCGCUUUACUGAUCUUAAUGAUCCUGCUGUGGUCCUACAAAAGAAAAAAAGAAAAUCAGACAUCAGAGCAGAAUCAGAUCCGGUCAGGAGCUGAAGACUCUCAGUCAGGACACACACCACUUCAGGCUGGAAGUGAAAAUGUUUAUGCCGCUGUGGAUCAGACAGAUACGAGUGGAACAGGUGAAGCUGCAGCUGAGAGCAGAGAAGUCACUUACGCACAGGUCACGAAGAAAAAGAAGACAAACAGGAACAAUGGUGCUGAUGCUGAACCCGGUGUUGAUGAUGUGACUUAUGCUGAGAUUGAAUUUAAACCAAUGAUAAAAGCAAAGAGAAUGAAAGAAAAUGCCAGUGUGGGUGAUGAUACUGUCUACUCAGAGCUGAAGCACAGCAUGGGGUGAGACAUGUGUCUGUGUACACUGAUGAAGCUACAGUUAUCACACAGACAGCUGGAAACUGGAAUUUGUGUUUGUCUUCUGUUUUUCCUAAAAUGCUCAGAAAGUAGAAUCUGCUCAUCUACUUCCUGAACACAGGAACGUUAUACUUAUAAUUUUUUCUUUUACUGCUUUUCUUUUUCUACUCAUUCUGUUUAGAGUGCACAAUUACAAUUAAUUAAUAUACAUGUGUCUCAUUUGUGCAUUAAAAAAGAAAAACAAAUCAUAAUACGGUUAAUUUUUAUUAAUGUACUUUCAAAUGGAUACAUAUAGAAGUAAAAGAAAAUAAAAUAUGUGUAUUUUAUGGUGCAAAA